AUAAGUCCUUUCUCCUACACAACACCCUUAGACAUCGAUCUUUACAUAAAAAAAAAAACUUUGAUUUCUCUCUCAGUAUUUGUUGAUUUUGCAAAAAUGGCAAAUCUUAAGUUUGUUGUCGUCUUGGGUCUGCUCUUCACCCUCUCCGUAGCUGUUUUGUCCGAAACUUCCAAAUAUGAGACUCAAGUACAAAAGGUGAACCCGACGGACACAGCGGUGGAGCCGCAGCAGGUGGGCUGCGGUUGCGGGAGGCGAGGAUGCUGUGGUUCAUGCGCCUUCGGACAGUGCAGCGCAUGUUGUCCGAGGAAGAUGGCCGGUGCAGAGGAGUCCGGCGAGACCGUGGUGGAGCCGCAACAGGGCGGCUGCGGAUGGCGCGGUUGCUGCGGUCCAUGCGCUUUCGGCCGUUGCAGCGCUUGCUGCCCCGCGUGAAAGAUAAAACAAGAAAGUUUGGCAUAAAACCCAUGCAACGUAUAAUGUAAUGUUAUGUAAUAUAUAGUACGUAAUAUAUGCGUGCAUGGCCACUCUUAUGGGGUUGAAUAAGAAAUUUUACUGCCUUGUAACGUACGUGCCAUGAUCAUGUGUUGAAUAAACUUAGUUCGCAUAUUGCACUUUGUGUUUA